AUGGAGGGUACCAUCGAGUCUCAGAAGAAAGAGAUAGAGUGCUUAAGAGCGCAGCUAGCUGCUGCCUCUGAAUCAGCUAAGGUCUCUCCUAUACGGUCUGCAACAAAAGAAGAAGAGGAGGUGGGUGUCUCCCCAUUAAAGACCGAAUUGCUGGAUGAGGCAACCUCGUCCGCGAUAUCGAUCUUACGCAAACUUGACUCUACAGACUCACAAGCGCAGACGCCCGAGGUUUUGAACGAUAAUUUUUAUUCCCUCAAGGGUUUUAGAUACCUGAAGAAAGUCAGGUGCUCAGAAGCAUUCGUUGGAAAGUUAUACUCAUGGCUCAAUAUUAUCAAACUAGAUCCUCAGCUAACAGGACUCUGGUUCAAGAUCACCAGCUUGCAAAAGUCUUAUCACAUGUACAAGACCAGCUUGCUCAGUAGGCCAGACCGUGCAGUAUAUGGUACUGGUGAAUGUCCAGUCGCAAAGUCACACGGUGACAAUGGGCCCUCUUGCGGACACCAUCAGUGUCCCGUGGUUGAAUGUGAGUUUAAUUUAAUGGUGGAGGAGUCCUCUGAUAGAACAUCAACGCCCAUGGGUCACUCUCAAAGUCGAUUAAAAAAUGAGUCAGCCGAGGAUACCCCGUCACCCCGUGAUACCUCGGCACAAGUACUUUCCCAACUUCAUAGACUCUGGUCCGAUAUCAUAAGUUAUGGACGUGGUCUGGAACAGCUUACCUAUGACCAAAUUGUCUUCUUGGUGCAAUUUUACUUGAAUCUCUCUCAUGUUCCCUCGUCACUGCUGGCAUACGAGUUUGAGUCAAGAAACUUAUUUCGCUUUUACAGAGAUGACAUAUUGUGUCUCUUCACGAAAGUAGGAGGCAAUGCUCACCUUGAUCUCUCGGCCUUUGAUUCGAAGGUAAGUGAAGCCGAAUCUAUCUCACUUGGCAAAAUCAAGGGUAUUUACCUUUGUAUGCUUGGUCUUAUUGUGGAAGAAUCCCUUGACAUAUUGAGGCGGAAGUCUGGGAAGCCAGAUGAGCUUCUGAGCUCGUUUCAUCAGUUGUUUCCUUUGGAAGCUGUGCAUCAUGGAAUGGGUUAUAAACGUACAAGCUUUUACGAUCAAGCUCGUGACUUUUUGAAAAUUUGCACGUCGACAAAUCGAGGUGAUGAGCUCAGUGAUCUGUUGCCGUACAUUGCUAUCUCUUUAGGCUAUUUGAACAGGUGUAUUGCUCUAUACCUUAGACCUGGCAACACAAGCGAUGUCCGUCUGAACUUCAUUGCUAUAUUUACACGUGUGCUUGAUGUGUUUGACAAGGACGACAGCCGGCUUCGCUUGUGGGCAGAUCCUUCACAUAUUCGAUUCAAUGGGGCACAUAUGUCUGAUGCUCGCCAAAGAGAGCUUCGGCUUCAUCUAAGUCAUUUAUGGGUAGAUUUUAUGAGGCUUAUUAACCAUGUAACCUUCAAUUUUAUCCCCAUGCUAAAACAUUCGGAGAAGCUCGACAAGCGCAUUGAAAGUUUCUUUGAAAAUAUUCAUGAAGCAACUGAAAAUCAUGAUCAUGUCAAGUAUGUUUCGAAGCAAAAACUGGAUUCUGGUGACGACCACAUCCCUGAGUUAUUGGCAUCGCUUCAUGUGUAUUACUUGUCAUCAAGAAUCUUCCUCAUACUCCGUAAGAGUACUUGUCGUCUGUCGGGAUCAAGUGUCACGAUAGGAGAUUUACAAAAGUUAACAAAAGACAUAACAGCUUGGACCGAAGAUAUCACUCUCACCAAGCUCAGGAUUACUCGCUACUUCGAAAUUAGGAGCAUGUUUCAAUACUUGGAUUUUUACAUAUCAUUCAUUGUGUUUUUGCAAUGUGAGGAGGAUGCGGAUUACGAAUCGGCAUGCAUUAUCAUACCUUCCUUGUUUUCAAAAGCAUUGGACUUAGUCAACUUUUUGCAAGAGAGUGUCAAACAAUUCUCUAAAAGUGAUGGUUCCCAGUACGUGUUAGCUGCUGUUGCGGAGAUGUUAUCGAGGGUGUCUCAUUUAAUAGUCGGUCUUUUGAUCCGGUUCAAGAGGGAAGAGAGUGGAGAAUAUGACUCAAGUGAAACGCCAGCCCCUACCUCACUCGUGUAUACUGCUGUACCGGACACUAUGAGACAGUUCACGAUUUCAGUGCAAUUAAAAGAGCAGCUCAUUCAGGUGACUGACUCUUUACUCAUCAUCCUUGAAAGCCUGUUAAACAGAGAAAAUUUCACUAAAGUCUCAAAGAUUUGGAAAUUUUACAUGACAUUUGUUCGUAACUCUCAUCGCAUGAAUCCAGCAGCAUACGCUCGAAUCCAUGCUGAUGUUUUUAAAUCGGGAAAACUUAUGGACGCAUGCCCCGUUCUUCCUAGUCCUGCGAAAGUUUCUGACACCAGAUAUAAUCUGCGGAAAAGCCAAAGUUCGUUCAGUGGAUGUCCCGUGAACCACGUAGAUAAUGGCACAGCUUCAAUGGACCAUUUCACAAAUCAUGGAAGGGCAUCUUUAAACGGUGGCUUUUUGGUGGACUCUACUCCUCAUAUGGGCCACAAUCAAAAUGAUUCUCUUCUAAAUAAUAAAAAGCGCCGCUGUCCUUUUGAUCACGAGUCCCUCAGAAUGAGCGGUAAGACUCCAAGCUUCCAGGAAAGCAAUAUUAGGAGCAGUCCUGUUGAUUUGAAGAAUGACAUGGCUAUUGAUGGAAAGCCCUCUGCUUUGCCCAUGACGAACAUGGCUCCAGCAAUGAUGCCAAGUCGGCCAACAUCCAAUCCUCCAUUUCAAUUCCCUCCCCCUAGUCCGGGCCCAGUAACAAUGGACUGGGACAACUUACCCAACUUUAAUUUUGAUCUUUUUCCAGACGAGUCACUCAUGGUUCAGUUUGGGCCCGGAGACCUUAAUAACCCUAAGAUCGAAGGAAUCUUCCAAUGA